AUGAGUAGGGUUAUUACAAAUGUCACUUCUUCUUCCCCGAACUCUCGUAUGGUGUCGAAAGAUCACAUUCGUUCGUCUUCCUCAGAAGCGUCCAUAGACAAGUCGGAACCCAGCAUAUCUUUCAAGUCAAAGCUCUUUGCAAAUGACUCAUCGGAGAAGGAAAACACUUCAAACCGGGAUAGUUUGCAUAACAUAUCAGGGAAGGCACCAGUGCAGCCUAAAAACAUUUUUGACGUCGGUUUCUCGAAAUUGCCUAAACAAAUAUACCGGAAAACCAUUAAAAGAGGAUUUACUUUUAAUAUUAUGCUCGUCGGAGUAGCUGGUCUGGGAAAAUCUACGUUUUUGAACACUUUGUUCAUGACAGACAUCUAUAACGACGAAUUCCUGGCUCCCUCUGUCAGGUUCUACAAAGACGCCUCCGCCGCCGCUUCCGUGGCUUCGCACACCUUCAAUCUGACCGAGCAGGGUGUGGCUCUUCGUCUAACUGUUAUUGACGCUCCAGGCUAUGGUGAGGCCCUCGACAACUCGUCUUGUUGGCGUCUCCUCGUAGAGGAGAUCAACCGUCGCAACGCAGCCUUUAUGGAGGCUGAAUCGCGGGUGCAACGUAACACCACCGGGAGCGGAUGCGGGGGUUCUGGUGGACGUCUUGGAGUGACUCCAGAGGAUCUGAUCCACGCUUGCUUCUACUUUCUUUCUCCCACUGGACAUGGAGUGCGACAAAUGGAUUUGGAGGCAAUGAGAGCUUUGCAUGAUAAAACCAAGCACCUACGACUGCGAUUUACUUGGUACAGCUCGGUUGAACGCCUUCUUCAGCAGGCGUCGGGACCAGGGAAUCAUUUGGCAGGGAGUUCUGUCCUUAUUCAUAUAAGCCAACUCAAGAUUCCAUACCUCAAAAUCUAUCCGUGUGAAAACGUCGUUCCGAACUUGAAGCUAUGGCGAUUGUCUGCCUUACCCGCAUCCGUCGUUUUCUCCUUCGUAGUCCUUAAAGUGAUGACAAUCGACAUUUUCUGA